AGAUUUCCACAUUAACAGAAGGCAGCGCGGUGCAUCGCUCACAACCCCUUUUUUGCUCACUUCUACUGGGGCUUCUUUUUCUUUUUUACGUUUAACUCUGCGUGUCCGUUGCGCAUCCUCACUCACGCAAAUGCCGUCCGCUAUCUCCAUGACGCGCAAGCACCUGUUGCGCAGCUGCGGUCUCCGCUUCGGCUGUGUGCGUCGCCACGCUGUGCUCCUGAGUCGCCGAAGUACGUGUGCGCUGCGAUCGACACCGCUCACCGCCUGUGCCGCGUCAUCCUCCGCGUUCGCCCUCGUCACGGUCCACCGUUACUACCACUGGCCCUACCCCGACAACUUCGUACCGGACGGCGCUACCACCUCCGCUUUUCAAUCCAGCCCGGUCCCCAGCGUGAGGGAGCGCAUUGUGCGGGAGUACGCGCUGAGUCCCCUCUUUGGCCGGCGCACCCCGUGCUGUGUGCUGGGCUUCGCCGAUGCCGCCUCGACCUUGGUAGAGUCGAAAAGCGAGCUGAGACGCUGGAUUGCGCAGGCGUUCGGAAAAGCGGAGGCGGAGGUGGAGCUGGGUCCGCUGUGCCAAACAAAGGAGAUGAUGCUGCACCGCAGUGGCACGUACGAGUCGCCGCGGCUGGCGGACGGGGCGUGGAGCCGCCCCGAUGCGGAGCAGCGACGUCUGGCUCGCUACGCGCGUCUGCCGGUACAGGCCCGAACUUUGGUGGAGGUGUACCUUCCCGGUGAGGAAGCACAGGGCGGAAAUGCAGACUACAGUAGUAGCAACGGUGGUGCGGAGCAAGAGGCGAAUACAGCUGGAGAGGACGCUGACCUCAGUGAUGGUGCGGCGGAGGCCGAGGCUGCCAUCCUCGCGCACGGGUGGUUUUUGCAGGAGCAGCUGUACAAGUACAUGUCUUUCCGUAAUGAAGCGAAGAAGCACGAUCAGCAGCAGCACGAAGCGCAGGGGGCAAAGGACGAAGUAGAGGUGAGCAUCGCAGCUCUCCAUGACGAACUCGGUGUCAUUUACUGUGAGGUGCCACCGCUGGAUGAGAGCGGGUUUUUGUUUGAUCAGCUGCACGGGAAGGAGAUAGACGCGGACGUGGCGGAGAGGGUGGUGAAUCGCUGGACACGGCGUGCUGCGCAGCAGCAGCAGCAGCAGCAGCAGCGGGAAGAGCAGGAGCAAAAGAAGCCUUCAGCCUAG